CAUAUCUAUAACCAUAGUAUUUACGACAGCACAUAGAAUUUUGCGACAGUCGACAUGGGGUUUACGUUAGGGAUGUUGCAAAUGAUAGCUGGUUGUAAACUUGUGACAGAAAACACUACAUGUAUGAUACAAUAAAUAUUCAGAAUUAUAUUUGUGUGUCAAAAAGCCGAGCAGACAACAAGUACCAUACUGGGCUUUUAAACUUAAUAUGGUGGGUUUUGACCUAGAUGUUCACCGCUGCCUUGCAAAUGCUGUAUGUCGCUGAGCCGUAGAUGUAUCAAAUGCGGUGUGAAGUUGGUUUAUUGUUUUUAUGUUAAAUAUGCCGAAGUCUUGUAAAUAUGUCGAAGGAUGUCUGGAAUAACUAAUUUAAAAAUAUCAACCCUGUCAAAAACGGGAGCGGAAUAAAAACUACAAAGUCCAUAUUGCCUCCGCGGUUGUCCUGGUGCCACGCGCACCUGUUGCCACGGCGCCGGCUGUCAGUUUCUUCUUUCACACUUCGCCCUGGACGACGGCGACAAAGUGAGACGGGAUGGAAGCGAAAGACGAGCAGAUUCUUCGCGGUGACCCGCCGGAGAGCCCGAGCGGCGUAACGGGGAAGGACACCGCUGGGGAAGCCAUGGACCUAGAAGCGGAGGCUGGAGACCCGGAGGCUGAGGAGGUGGAGGCGGGCGUCGAGGGCUUCCCCCGUCCCUGUACAUCCUGGGAGCGACGCGCCGGACCGAGCAGCUCCGAGGAGUCGCAGGCCUUCGGCUCAAAUGAUGAGACCGACGAGCACUCCUUUCCUUUGGCAGAGCUGUUCCCCUACAUUUGCUGCACUAUUUGUAAGGGAUUCUUCAUAGAAGCCACAACCAUCACAGAAUGCCUGCACACAUUCUGUAAGAGCUGCAUCGUCAAGCACUUCUUUUACAGCAAUAGAUGUCCUAAUUGCAACGUUGUCGUACAUCAGACGCAGCCACUGUACAAUAUCAGACUCGACAGACAACUGCAGGACAUUGUCUUCAAGAUGAUCCCCCAUCUGGAAGAAAGAGAAAGAGAAAGAAUGCAAAGUUUUUACAAAGAGAGAGGACUUGAGGUACCAAAGCCUGUGGGUCCUUCUCCUGUGGCGUCCGCAAAGGCCCCGAAGCAGAAGAAGAGCCCGCUGGCCCAGUCAGGGUUCACCAUCCCGUCAGAGCUGGACGUCUCGCUCGUGCUGGAGUUUGUGGGAGCAGAAGAGGGCAUUGACAACUACAAGCCCCUGGAGAGGAAGUACGUGCGGGUGUCGGGGGAGGCUACCAUCCACCAUGUGGAGCUCUUCAUCAGGAGGAAGAUGGAGCUGAACCCUGCCUGUCAGGUGGACGUUGUCUGUGGGGACCACCUGCUUGACCGAUACCAGUCAUUGAGGGAGGUCCAGAAUGUCAUGGGAGAAGGUGCGCUUCAGUGAGAGCCGGGAACAGCAGGAAUUUGGAUCGGUGAAAGCGACGAGGAGAGGAAGGGUGCGCAUGUGUUUUUCUCUCUCAACUGAGUCCUGGGUGUAAUUACUGUGCAUAAAUUAAACGGCGCAGGACUUUGACGAUGGUGGAGAGUGAGCGGAAAGAGCGGGAAUGUUUUAUAUGAUAGGGUUCCACGUUUUUUUCUUAAUACUGCCCUAGGAAUAAAAGAAAUGUAUAAUAUAUCAGUUUACACAUAAUCCUCCCGUCCGGAUGUACUGCAUUUUUAUUGAAAAUCAUGUCGUUUAUCCCCGAUGUGUGUAUUGUACUGCUUUUAGUUGUCGCAUUCACAGUAAUGUUGCAAUCCAUCUGUUGCAUAUUUUACUGUUUUGUUUUACGCCUGAUAAGACUAAUUAGUCGGGGGUGCUGAAAGUGGCUGCAUGGAGAUUAAACAUAUAAAUUGAAGCUUGUUCCGCUCUGCAGGACGCGGUCCGUGGCACGCUGAGCGUCCAGAUUAAGAAGUGCACUCUCUGUGUCAAGUUCAGGCUUGAUGCUGCUGCACUCAGCAUCGAGAUAAGCUAUGAUGGCAGUUUGCUGUGUGAGAUUUGCCCACUGUUAUAUGCAAAGAAUUAAUAACCUAUGUUUCUGCUGAAAGGGAGGACCGCAUUUGUUAACUUAAUUUGUGCAUUGCUGUUAUUUUCAUAUUGUUUUGCACAUUUUUUUCCCUUACAUUUCUGUUUCAAUUUGCAUUAAAUUGUACGCCUGAUCAAUUUCUCUUUAUGUGGAGCAUAAAUAACUGUGAGGCAUGUGGUGCAGUGCGGCGUCCCCCUCUGCUGUGCUGCGGCGUCGCAUGUAAGCCAUGAUUGCGAGGAUGGUGCUGUGCCAGGGAAGUGUCGAGUCAGCAGGCAGUGGGACACCCCUCCUCACACUCACACGCACACACCCACUGCAGGACACGACUGCAGCACACCUCCUGCACGCCAGUGAACCGCUGCAGUCGUUUCUCCAUGCCCUGCACUUCGCACCUGAGCUACCUAAAAUAAGAUGCAGUAAAUGCAUCCCAGUGGACAAUCACGAGUCAUACCAUAUUCCUGGUAGGGCAGCCUGUCGCCAAGGUGACGGCCCGUGGACUCCCGGGUAUGGUAUGAGGUGUUUACUGGACCGUGUCUGGACCACAGCUGAGCCUCAGGCCAAAUUAAAAGGUAGCCAGUUAAAUCACCUCCAUCUAUAGUGCAUUAACCUUUUAUGGUGGUUUUCUGGGUUAUGAAGCCCUGUGGACACUGAGGGGCGAGAGGCUCGCUAAUUGAAACGUCUGCAUGCGUCAGUGUGUAGAAUGGUGGUGUAUCUCUGGAGGGCUGGUCUCAGUAACACAGGGCUUUUUGGUGUCUCUAAAUUUCCGAUAAAAUCAUUAUAAGAGCUGAAAAUGCCGUACAGUCCCCGGAAUGAGCAGGAAGUGUCCAUCAAUAUGCAGUAUUUUCCUUGUAUGUGCACUUAGGGUAGAUGACAUGUAAAUAUAUGUUUUUAUUGUUCUUUUGUCAUUUGAAGAGUACAAAAAGAAUGAUUUUCAUUGGUCUGUCGUUCCUUGAUACAUAUUUUUUUCAUUGCUCUGUCACCUUUUGAGAAUUAGGCUCAAACAUCAGAAUCCCUUUCGUUCGUUCAAGAGAGUACAGUUGUACUAAAUUAUAUAAUGUACAAUGUACUUUAUUAUGACUGUAUUUAAUGUUGGCAAUGUCUUGCUGUGCGUAAUUUAUCAAUUACAAUAUGUAAAUAUAGGAAAAUCGCGUGUAUAUACUUUAUGUAUAUGGGGUCUGCAGAUGCUUCGCUAUCACCUGAGGUUUUGGCCAAUCCGCGGACAGAGAUUCAGUUCUAAUUAUGGUAACUCUCUUUUGAUUUGACGGAUGGUUACAUCUUCGACAAACAGUGAGUGUGAAAUUAGAGGCAGGACUGGCUGUGGCUGGAGCAUUCUGGGCCCCAGCAUUGAGGUUAAAUAUCACGCUUUGUUUAUCCCCCAGAGGUCAACCAGGGCUCUGGACAGCCCGUGAAGCUGACAGGCGGUGAAUUAGUACGAGAGAGGGCCGAACGUCCCCAAUGGUGCUGAGGUGGGGGAGGGGUGGAAGGCCUUUGUCUACCGCCCCCCCCCCAACCCCUAGCGUCACCUCACCCCUGUGCUGUCAGCCAUCCUGUUGUGCCCAUUACCGAAAGAGAUUUAUGCUUUCUCCCGACAAAGGUUCACAUCAGUGAUGCGAAUGCCUGUUUAAUGCGCUGCCCGAUAAUCGGGAAAUAGUGAUGUUACCUUGGGCCAAGGCCUGGAUGCUGUUUUGUCAUGUUUUCCACUUCAGUGUGAAAUGUGGGGAUGUUGUCUCCGAAGAAUGCAGAGGGUGCAUUAAGUUAUAUUUAAGGUGUAAUUAAGCUCUUUAUGGGUUCUGUGACAUAGGGGGAUUUGUAAUGCCUCAAGUACUAAAAGGGGUUAUUGCAGUUUUAUAAUUGACUCUAUUAUUAUCUGGAAAGCAUUGUAGAAAUGCGGCUAAUCCCCAUGGUUUGGGUGUGAGAUUUUUUGGAGAUUUUCAUUGGUUAGCAUGUUAUAUUUAGGCUAUUAAAUAUGUCCUUUCUUUGUAAAUCCAAAGACCUUUCAGAUCAGCCGUGUGCGAUAGAGGAAGGCACCACAUAGGUACCUCCGAGCCCAUUAGCUGUUUUUGGUGUGAGCAGACCGCCUGGGCACCCCUGUUUCCGGGAGCUUCUUCACGUUGAUCCUUCGCUCUCCGUUCCAGACCGAGUCGCAGAACCAGCACCACAGAACCGGAGCCCUUCCAAAUACCAUGAUGAAAUACUUUUCUGUUAUUCCGGGCCUCCAGUUUAUCAGCACAAAUUGGGCUCUCCCGGGAUUCGUCUGUGUUGUGUCUCAUAAUGAAGAUGCCCGUCUGCAAGCAUAAUAAGACCCUCUGGAUACAUUUGUUAGCGUGCAGUGAACAGUAAAAAGGGCGCAGCUGCUUCACACCCAUUUUCUCAGCCCCACAUUACAUCUCUUUUUACAGAUUACAGAAAUAGAACCAGAAGCUGAUGUCGAGAUUAAGAUGUGUGUUUAAACCAUGUGGCAGAUAUAUUGUGAUAUUUAAAUUGUUCAGCAGCAAGGGGGAAUGCCAUCCUGGCUGGGAAAACUGUAAGACUUUCGCUCAGAGGUACAGGGGUGGCAUUCAGAAAUGACUUCCCUUUUCAUGCAGUGCAGGGUGAAGGUCCUCCAGAACAUUUUCAGACUGUGGUGCUGUCUUCCAGCAUAGCUACAAUAGAGCUCUUUGUCCUAAACCCAUUCAGUCAAUUAGGACGUGGUAUUUAUUUAUAGGGUAUUAAUAUGUUUUCCAUUCUGAAAUUUCUGGAAUGCAACAUUGGGUAUCCGCACUUGAAUAGCCAGGUUCUGGUUUCAUGAACACACCCCUAAAAACCCACAAGCGCGUUACACGGUGCUGCGUGUCCUGCCACCUGAAGCGUACUGGUGUUACACGAGAGUGGGUAGAGUAGGUGGAUCUUUAAUGCAUUUUUUAAUAAUAUGUUACCAAGUCACAUUAAUAAUAACUUUCACAAAGCCUUAGAAGUGUCGGCUGCUUUCAGUUAGUGAUUAGCUGUAGGCAGAAAGGCCUAGCGGUUCUGAGUGCAAGACAUGUGACUUGUUUCAAAGGAAAGUUAGGUUUAGAACUAGAGUCUCUGUAGAAUUGCAAGAUCACUUUGGAUGGGUGGGAUAGGUGGAAAUUAAUAUUGUACCAGGCUUUUGUUAUGUGUGUGUUUGUGGUUUAUGCUGGCUGCUGUGAACCUCUGCAGACACCCCAGAGGUCUGUAUGCUAUGUGUGUGUGAUUUCUCCACAAUGUGAUAAAAGCCUGACAUUUUGACAUUCUUUCAGUCCCCACAGGAGGAAAAUCUGUGAAUGCAAUCAAAGAACUAAAAAUCCCAAAAGUCUCAUAUUUAGUUUGGUUACUUAUGGCUAAGGUUAGGGCUGGGUAGGGGUUAUGGUUGUCAUAGUUGGGAUUAGGGUCUUAUCCAUAGAAAUCAAGGGGCAGUCUCCACAAAGAUGUGAAUGCAAACGUGUGUGUGUGUGUGUGCGUGCGUGCGUGCGUGCGCUGUAUACUGAAAUGGGGUUCCCUGGUGAGAAAAGCAGGGACUCAAAGCUGGUUUCAGAAGAAAGGUUUUAUUUCAUUUUUAAUAAACUACACUUAAAAAAUGUUUUUAAAGCAGAGGUUGGAAUAGAGUGCAGACAAGAACAUAACAAAAAUUCAGUCAUUUCUCUCCUAUACAUGAGUCUUGUUUCCUAUUUUGUAAAUGUAAAAAGAGGGUAUGCCUUUUGCUGCCUGGGAUCCCCCCAACAAACAUCUUAUUAGCUAGGUGGCCUUUUAAUCUAAUGCUGAUCACUACUAAAGUCGUAAAAACAAUAGCAGGCUUGAGUGAUCAAAUUGGUGAUUGGUUGUGUCCAGACAGAGACGAGCCCAGCCAGCUGAGCAGAUGUUGUGCACAAUCCCAAAUGCAGCUCCGGCUGUAUCAGGCUGUCAUAUCCUACCCAGCCCUGCCUGCUAACAGAUAUUUACUGUAGCAUUCUUCUCACCCCUGGCUUUUAUGCUGUUAGAGCUGGGGAAGUUUCUAGAAGCAAAUGGAUUUUAUUUCUGUUUUUUAUUCGCGGCUUAGCUUUAUUUUUUCGUCGGGAAAUGUCAGGAGACCAGUCUGAGCAGCAGAUGCCCUCUGUCUCCACCAAAGAGUCCCUCCUGAUGACGCUAUUUAUAACCCAGCUAGGAGGCUGGCGGGCGGCCGGCCAUCCCCAAGCACCGCUGUGCCAUUACCCCAUGUGUCCCUGCGCUUAACAUCAGUCACAGUCUCAUUUUUGGGCAUUCGGAUCAUCAUAGCCUCAGCAUUUUGGUGAAUGAUUACUGACCGAAGCUGGCCGCGGUAAGUGAAGGCUCCUAGCCAGAUGGGUAAACACGGAACCGACUCCAGGUUCCUGCGCUGUAGGGUCUUUAGAGACAAGCAGCCCUGAGGUUCUGCUCAACACCACCGCUUUAACCGUAAUUACAGUGCACACACUUCUCAGAGAGAAAGGUUUGUUGUGUCUUGCAGCAGUAAUUUGGGGUUAAAGAGCAAUGUAAAGCCAGUGUUCAGAAAAUGGCGGGGGAGCCUUUGAUUGUUCUCUUGGGAGAUGGCAUGUUCAUCCCUUAAUUCUGGCUUCUCCCCCCCAACCCCCCCGUACAUGUGCACAUUUGGCACCUGGGACACAAGGACGCCAAGGCCUCCCCAAGGAACCUCUUCGACUCUGUAUCUGGCACAAGGGGGCGUCCCGGCGCCAGCCGGCCCAGUUAAUUAGCAUGAACCGGCACCCCCUCCGUUCCCCCAUCCCCGAUGCUCGUUUUUCAUUGAACACCGGAAGACGGAUACCGGCCUGGUUCUGUCAGGGGACCCUAGGCUCCGGCACCAUUCCUCUCUUUCAUCAUCGUCUUCGCCUUUGUGAUACGUUUCGGAGGGAAAUGGUUGUCAGAAUCACCAACCGGUUCCACAUUAGGAGUCACUGACUUUGUCUUCUGUCCUACAUGGUAUGAUCAUUGCAGGAACUAUUACAUAUUUUCUGUGCAUAAAUGAUGAUAAAU